UAAAUUUCCUAUUGCUUGAAAAUAUAUUCCAGUAUCAUUAACCCAUGUUAAUAUCAGUUUUUAUAGUUAUAAUAUGUCUUGUUAUUUUAUCAAUAAAAUUGGAAAACGAAAUCUGUUUUUUAAACCAACUGCAUCUGUUAUCAUAACGAUAUAAACAUCUUUAAACACCUUAUUUUGACAACUCAAAAAAAAGAAAGUUUUAUUUUUGUUACCGUACCGAUUUGUUUUGAGAAUUUACCAAAAUAAAGUGCAUACAUGCUAUCUGAACUAGUUAGUAAAACUUGUGAACUAUGUUCCCCAUAAAUCAUAAGACUAUAUUUGUUCUUGACCAUACUCCAUACUUCGGUAUCUCGUCGGACAAUCCUAUCGACUUCGAUGUAUCCAAAAGCCGGGGUCCUGGAUAUGUACCCUUACCCCCUAUAUGCAAAUCCUUAUGGACCUGCAGCGUGGAAGCGGCAGUAGAGUACUGUCGCAUUGUGUGGGAUUUAUUUCCUGAAGGAAAACUGGUUCGCUUUGUUAUAAGUGAUUCCAGUGCUCAUAUCCUAAACACAUGGGCAACAACACAACAAAAUUUAACACAUAUUCUAAAUGGGCUAUGCCUAGUGGGUCCUGUAAGAAGAGGCGCUGGAGGUGAUGUUGUAGGCUUAGUUGCAGCUAUAGAGUCUCUAUGUGAGCCUUCUCCCUCCCAGUCAUCUAGACCUCCUGCAGAAAGGCUCUUUCAGAACCGAGGGCGAAUAAUCUGCAUUACCAGUGCCAGGGAUGAUAACUCAAUCAGGAGUCUGGCAGAAAUAGCUCUCAACACUCUAGUUAAUCAGAAUAAGAAGGCUUCAAUGUCUCAACCCUCCACCACUACAGGGGACAGCGAAGCACCACAGUCAUUAGUGAUACACUACUGCCAUUUAGUAAUAAUAAACGUAACGCCCGAAAAAGCUGAAACUGGUGUAACCAACCAACCACUUACGGAGAUGGGCGGAGGUAUCAUGGGCGUAGAAGUGAUCGUGUCCCGAGCGAGCGGGCUAGCCAGCUUGCUCGGACGGCUGGUGUUGCCACACUACAAGCUAGCCAUUACUACUGUAACUGGUAUCCCUAUGAAGGAAGAACAAAACGCGAGUUCGAGUGCCAACUACGACGUUGAGAUCAUACACUCGAUAGAAGCCCACGCGGGACUGCGAGCCACGCAGACGGCCGCCGAGGCGUUGGAAUCUGUGGUACUCCGCUGGUGGACGCCGCGCGGCGCGGAGGGCGGCGCCGGCGGUUGCAACGGGCCGCUGUGGCGCGUGACGCCGGCCGACGUGGCCUCGCGGCCCUCCGCCUGUCUCGUCAACUUCCUGCUCAACGGACGCUCCGUCACUCUUGAAGUCCCUAGGAAAGGCGGCGGCAGGUCAGCUUCGCACGUGUUGGCGGCUCAGGGAGGGGAACUGUGGAUAGGCGCGCUCGGCGGCCGCACCCCGUAUGACGACCCGCCCGCACUCUCCGAAGGCGCGGGCGGCAGGGUCACUGACUACAGGAUCAAAGAGUUCGGCGCUCUCAUGCAACAAAACAAGUUGUACCCGCUGCGAGGCGCCGGCGCGAACGCUAGGGCGCGUGCGCGACUGCAGCGACAUACGACCUACUGGCCACUCACUAUAUCUUCCACGCUUAUAUUCAACCUGGGAUCGGUAAUGGAGCCACUGACGCGACUCGUGGUGCAAGAGUCGUUGACCGACGACGAAGUGGACGCGUGCCGCAACGUCCUAGUUGCGUUGCUCGGCAUGGAGACGCGGCAUGAGUUCCCCUCCGCGCAACUGCCCUCCAACCUGCGGGGUAAAUCAAGCGGACGACGCGAAGAGCAAUGGCGUCAAGUAUGGAGCGAGCUUGAAGCCCUCAUCCGAGCGCAUUCAGCGUCGCCUGCGCACAGAGCACUCCUGCGCACGCUGCUUGAAUGCCGCGCGCACAACCACGGCAGUGAUGGUGAAUCUCGGGCGACGGUCAUCAGAGCUACUACUGAUUCUCCGUUGUCUCCCGUUGGUUCCGGCAACGGGGCCUCCAGCGGCAAUGGCGGGGAGAUCUGGGCUCCUAGGAAUGUUCUGGAAGCGUUGCUCGGAGCGCCGCGGCCUAACCGCCGCCCAGACUUCGCAGGACGCAUGGCCGCGGGCAACAGGAUAGCCACGCUGUAUCCACAGUUACAGCAAGAUGUCGAGUCGCAGCACUAGUGGUGAUGAAUGAUGCUUGUAACUUAGUAUUUUUAAGAGAAAGUAUGUUCGAACGAUGGGUGAUGAUGAUAAUGUAAGUACUGUGUAAAUAAAUAUAUGAAUUAAAAUUUGAUAUCACUUUA